UAAGGUUCGAGACCAUGUAUAUAUAAGAUGCAUUCAAGAUGCAAAGCAACAUUGCUGCUACGCUCACUUUUUUAAUAAAAAGCAACAUAAAAGUCUAGCAGAACCUGAUCCAUAUUCCAUUAAUUGCCUCGGAUCAAUUUCGUAUGCUUCACUAACCAUCUCGCCAAUUUUUUGCUAAACAAAUAUGCUUGUGUGUGCCGAAACACUUAAAACUGACGGACUUGGAGGGGGAGUGGGCAAUCAAAUAUGUCAGAAUAUAUAAAACAAGUACGCGAAACGUUCACCGCUUAAUAGUCGUUCGUAUUUAGUUGAAGGCAGAACUUCGAUUUUCUACUGAAACGAGUCGGAAGAUGCGGUGUUGGAGAAUCAGGUGUUUGUCGGCGGUGGCGGUGGGGAGUACGCUGCUGGCGUUAGUCAUUUGUUGUGAUGCCGUGAAUGCCCAGCAAGUGGAAAGUGCAAAGAGAGCUGAAGAUGUGAAUUAUAUAUCGCUUGGGCUGGGUCCAGUCGGACCGCCACGCGCCAAGCGAUCGCCUGGCGGAGGUGGAGGUGGUGGCGGCUAUGACGGUCAGCCGGGUCAACCCGGUUAUGGUAGUUAUGGGGGUGCUGGUGGACGCGGUGGUGGAUAUGGUGGCGGCGCGGGUGGUUAUGGUGUUGGUGCCGGCCAACCCGGACAGCCCGGAUAUGCUGGCGGUGCCGGUUACAAUGGCUUUGGUGGUUCAAUCGGUGGCGAUGGGGGCGUGGGUUAUGGUGGCUAUGGCGGUGGAGCCGGUCAAUCGGGACAACCCGGUUUUGGCGGUUAUGGUGGUGCUGGUGGACCGGGCGGUGGCGCCUAUGGUGGUGCUGGUGGGCGAGAAGGCGGCAUAGGUGACUACGGUGGUGCUGGAGGACCCGGCGGUGGAGGUUACGGCGGCUCCGGUGGUCUGCCUGGUCAGCCCGGUCAUCCUGGUGGUAAUGGUGGAGGAGGCGGCGGAGGUGGUGGUGGAGGAGCAGGGGGCGGUGCUCCAGGAUAUCCAGGUUCACCUGGCGGUUAUAGCAAAUGAAAUUGUUUUGUUUGUCAAGAUAAUUAAAGUAAAAUUAAAAAAGUAUUAACUUAUUAUUAUAUUUACAAAAAUCAUUAAUUUCCAUAAAGUAAUAGAUUUAUUCAGCUUUA